CGUUUCCGAAUUUCAACUCGCCCGCAAGGCGCGGGAAAACCAAUCUCAUACCAUUUAAGACGGGAAGCAACAAGCAAAAGAAGGGAGAAAAUGGUGAAAACUGGCGAAGAGGAGUCGCGCGUCAAAUGCAUUCACUGCAAGUCCGAGAGCCUAAGGUUUUCUCCCGAGGCCAAUGAUGGCCAUGGUGCGUACAUUUGCCCUACCGCAGGCAACUUUGAACCUGGCCAUGGCUGUGCUAGACUUGUUUCGAUUGAGGAAUUUGGUGCUCUGGAUGCCGAGGACGAUACGGCCUCUGCGUCUGCUUCCGGAGAAGAUGGCGAUGAAGAUGGAGAUUGUGAUGAAGACUAUGCGGAAGAUGAUGAAGUACUAUCUUCUGAGUCUACCAUGUCUGACGAGGAUAGGAAGAUGCAGAAUAUUGAUGCCCUUUUGAGGGGAAACCUUAUUGUGAGGAGACAGUCUCUACUUCCCAGUCUUUCGAUAUCAGAUGGUGCAGCCACAGCUAGAAAACCAUUUAAACCUCCCUCUAAAAAUGGUUAUAGAGAUCAAAAUGAAGAUCUUUUUCGUCGCCUUUGGGCUAGGAAGAGGUUUGUUCCUUGGGGUUCUUCUAGACCAGCUUUGGUUGCAAUUAGUAGCUUUCUUAAGAUCCCAAAUGAAGUUAACCAAGACACGGUGGAGGAGAUUCAGUCUCUUCCACCUGGGAUUGAGCCUUUGGUAUUGUGGCAACCUGGAGAAUCAGAAAUGGAUCGAGAUAAUUUGACACCAAUAGUUGUAGAUCCAUUACUUGUUCGUUUUCUUCGACCUCAUCAGAGAGAAGGUGUACAGUUUAUGUUCGAGUGUGUUUUGGGUCUAUCGAAAGCAGCUGGUAUUUCUGGAUGUAUCCUAGCUGACGAUAUGGGUUUAGGGAAGACCUUACAAUCAAUCACCUUGCUAUAUACUCUUCUUCGUCAGGGAUUUGAUGGAAAGGCAAUCGCCAAGAGGGCAAUGAUAGUGACCCCUACAAGCCUCGUGAGCAAUUGGGAAUCUGAAAUUGUGAAAUGGCUUGAAGGAAGGGUACCACUUAUUGCUCUAUGUGAAACUGCUAGAGCUGAUGUUGUUUCAGGGAUUGACAGUUUCCUUUCCCCUCAUAGCCCUUCUCAGGUGCUGAUUAUUUCAUAUGAGACAUUUCGUAUGCAUUCAUCAAAAUUUUGCAAGACUGGUUGUUGUGAUCUUCUCAUAUGUGACGAGGCUCAUCGGCUCAAAAAUGAGAAUACCUUGACAAACCGCGCAUUGGCUUCUCUACCAUGUAGCAGGCGCAUUUUGUUAUCAGGAACACCUAUGCAGAAUGAUCUUGAGGAGUUCUUUUCCAUGGUUAACUUUACUAAUCCUGGGAUUCUUGGAGAUGCAACUACUUUUCGUCGUUACUAUGAGGCACCAAUUGUUUGUGGAAGAGAGCCAAAUGCAACUGAUGAAGAGAGAAAGUUAGGGUUUGAGCGAUCAAGUGAGUUAAGUGCAAAAGUAAAUCAGUUCAUUCUCAGGAGGACAAAUACUUUGUUAUCAAAUCACCUACCCCCUAAGAUGGUGGAAGUUGUCUGUUGCAAGUUGACACCUCUUCAAACUGAUUUGUAUCGCCAUUUCAUACAAUCAAAAAAUGUCAAGCAAGCAAUUGCAGAAGAGAUGAGGCAAUCCAAAAUUUUGGCCUACAUUACGGCGCUUAAAAAGUUAUGCAAUCACCCAAAGUUGAUCUAUGAUACUAUCAGGAGUGGGAAUUCGGGGACAUCAGGUUUUGAGAAUUGCCUCCAGUUUUUCCCAUCAGAAUUGUUUUCCUCUAGAUCUGGUUCAUGGACUGGUGGUGAUGGGAUAUGGGUAGAAUUGUCUGGAAAAAUGCAUGUCUUGGCAAGAUUACUUGCUCAUCUGAGGAAGUUAACGGAUGAUCGAAUUGUUCUGGUUUCAAAUUAUACUCAGACUCUUGACCUUUUUGCUCAAUUAUGUCGGGAAAGAAAGUACCCUUUCUUGAGGUUGGAUGGAACCACUUCUGUUAGUAAACGGCAGAAGUUGGUGAACAAAUUCAAUGAUUCCUCUCAGGAUGAGUUUGUAUUUCUUUUGAGCAGCAAGGCUGGGGGUUGUGGUCUGAAUCUAAUUGGGGGAAAUCGGCUGGUCUUAUUUGAUCCUGAUUGGAACCCUGCAAAUGACAAGCAGGCAGCUGCUAGAGUUUGGAGGGAUGGCCAGAAGAAGAGAGUAUUCAUUUACAGGUUUUUAACCACUGGGACAAUUGAAGAAAAGGUAUAUCAGCGUCAGAUGUCAAAAGAAGGGCUUCAGAAAGUGAUUCAACAAGAUCAGAAUGACAAUGUGAAAGCAGAGGUGAACUUCCUUUCAAUGGAAGAUUUGCGGGAUCUUUUCACAUUGCAUGAUGAUGUAAGGUCUGAAAUUCAUGAAAGAAUGAACUGUAAUCGAUGUCAAGACAAUACUCUGGAGUUAGAUAACUGCCAUGGAAAAAUAGAAGAGGUUGAUAAUAACCUUGACUCGUUGGAUGAUGUGCAUCCAGAUCAUCAACAAGGUUCCGAUAUAGGUUGUUUUGCUGAAAUAGCUGGAUGCUUGCACAAGUUGAGGAGCUGGGAGAAACAGCUGGGUUCUCCCAAUGAAGAGGACUUGUUAAGUUGGGGACAUCAUUGUCUGCCAACCACGGUACCUGAUCCAAUUCUUCAAGCUUCUGCCGGUGAAGAGGUGACAUUUGUUUUCACUAACCAGGUUAAUGGAAAACUUGUACCUGUCGAGUCUACUCCACGAGAUAGACAGACCAAAGGAGUUGGAACAGGUGAGAGAACACAUGUUCCAACCGAGAGACUACAUCACCAAAGGCCUAUAUUGCAACGACCAAAUUUGCCCUCUACGUUGCCAAAAAAUUUCCUUAGAUCAAGUGAUGGCUCACUAAAGUGUGCAUCUAUUUGUAGUGGAACACGUCCGAUCAGUGAUAUUUGUAAAGCACGAUUACUAAGAGUGACUGGUGUUUCUCCCAGAAAUUUGUUGCCCAUCAAAAGGAUGGCUACUGAUAGCGAUAAGCAAGAUGAUGAUUUUACCUAGCCCUUGUCACACUGUGUGAAUGAUAGGCAUUCCAUCUUACCUAUUUUGAUAUUAAUCAUUUCAAAAUGUAUAAUGUGGUAUCCAUGAUGUGUAAAAAUAUGCAUUGGCAACUGCUUAUGUUGUGGCCUUAGUUUCACUCAGGUUUAACAAGUGUGAGGCAAUUGUAUCUGCUUG